AUGGUCCUGGAAAGACUCAAGCAAAUGGCAGCUCAGCUGACUGGCCAGUUGCCAACACCCCAUCCCUUAGAUCCUCUCUCAAGCAGUGAAAUCAGGGAGGCAGUUGAAAUUGUUCGCAAAGAGCACAACGAUGUCUUCUUCAACGCCGUUACUCUCUGGGAGCCUAGGAAGAAGCAGAUGAUGGCCUGGCUGGCUUCACCCGAUACUGCCAAGAGGCCUCAUCGUGUAGCAGACAUCGUUGCCAUUGGCAGGGGGAGCAAAGUCUUUGACGGCACUGUUGAUCUCGAAGACAAGAAGAUAUUGACCUGGGAGCUUACAGAGGGUGUCCAGCCGUUGAAAGUCGUCCGCACAGAUCCCCAGGUCAUCGAACAGUGUGGCAUCGUGGGUAUUCCUCCAGAAGACAUGCAUAAAGUCUACUGCGAUCCAUGGACUAUCGGCUACGACGAGCGAUUCGGAAGCAACGUUCGUCUUCAGCAAGCUCUGAUGUACUAUCGCCCUCAUCCCGAUGACAGCCAAUACACAUAUCCUCUGGAUUUCUGUCCUAUAUUCAACGCAGAUACGCAGGAAAUCAUACACAUCGACAUUCCCAAAGUCAGGAGACAGCUCAACCAAGCGCCACCUAGUAACUUCCAUGGCGAGGCCAUUCAAAAGGAGAUUGGCCUUAGAACCGACGUCAAGCCAAUCGAGAUUUCGCAACCUCAAGGUGUAUCUUUCAAUCUAGACGGACGUACUCUCAAGUGGCAGAACUGGUCUGUUCAUGUUGGAUUCAACUACCGUGAAGGUAUCGUCUUGAGCAAUAUCAGUUUCAAUGACAGAGGCAACGUUAGACCCAUCUUCUACAGAAUGUCGCUGGCCGAGAUGCACCCCCACCAACGAAAACACGCUUUUGACCUUGGAGAGUAUGGCGCUGGAUAUAUGACCAACAGCUUGACGCUUGGUUGUGACUGCAAGGGUGCAAUUCACUACAUGGAUGCCGAUUUUGUCAACAGAGUGGGCGACGCGCAAACCAUCAAGAACGCCAUUUGCAUCCACGAAGAAGAUGCAGGUAUCCUGUUCAAGCACACCGACUUCCGCGACGAAUCAUGCACAGUGACUCGCGGCCGCAAGCUCAUCAUUUCACAAAUCUUCACUGCAGCCAACUACGAGUACUGCGUGUACUGGAUGUUCAUGCAAGACGGUACUAUCCAGCUCGAGAUCAAGCUGACUGGCAUCUUGAAUACCUACGCCCUCAACCCCGGAGAAUCGGCCGCUCCUUGGGGCACAGAAGUAUAUCCAGGGGUCAACGCCCACAAUCACCAACAUUUGUUCUGUUUGCGUCUAGACCCCAACAUCGAUGGACCAAACAACACUAUCUUCCAAGCCGAUGCAGUCCGAGGUGAUGGCGAAGUUGGCAGCGCAGAGAACUACUACGGUAACGCAUUCUACGCCAAAAAAACGGCACUCAAGACCCCUGCCACCGCCAUGAGUGACUACGACGGCAAUACCAGCCGUACUUGGGAUAUGGCCAACACCAGUAAGAUUAACCCAUAUUCGAAGAAGCCAGUCUCGUACAAGCUCGUCAGUCGAGAAGUCCCGCCUCUCUUGCCCAAGGAGGGCAGUCUUGUUUGGAAGAGAGCUGGGUUCGCCAGACAUGCUGUUCAUGUCACCAAGUACAUGGACGACCAGAUUCACCCGGCUGGACGCCAUGUACCUCAGACUUCUGGUGAGCCUUCGCAAGGUAUCCCUGCUUGGAUCUCCGAGGAGCCGGAGGCGAACUUGGAGCAGGAGGAUGUGGUAAGUUGGACCACCCCUGAAGACUAUCCUAUCAUGCCUGCUGAGCCCAUGACUGUGUUGCUUCGACCUCGCAACUUCUUCACGCAAAAUCCUUGUAUGGAUGUGCCUCCAAGCUACUCAACCACACCCACACAGAUGGCAGCCGGCAAGGGCGGCAUCAAGGGUGUUGUUGACAGUGUCAGUAGAUUGGCAUUUGACGACAAGACCAAGGGUGGGAGCAAUGAUUGUUGUGGCAAGUGA